ACAAAAUAAUCAAAUCAACUUUGAAUUAUGAUUUCAUAUCUGUGACUAAUUUGUAUAAUCAGAAACAACUAAUGGCCAGAGGGCACAGGAAGCUUCUUUGCCCACUGUCCUCCCACACCUCAUAGACAGGAGCUGCCCUCCAGAAUCUUCCUUCUUUCCACGGGACACUGUCUUUCCCUGCAAAGUCCAUGCAACAAAAAUCAUGCAAAGCAGCAAAUCUGCUGAUAUCCUCUUGUGACUCCUCUUAUCCUGCUGGCCCUGCACAGCUUCCCACCCCCAAGUCCCAUUUAACUGAUUUAGAUUCACAUUGUUAAAUUCCAGGCAAGAAAGAUUCAAUUAUUUUUUGUUUUGAUCAUAAUUGUUUGGGAGCUUGGGUCUCUUCCUCACAAACAAUCCAGUGGCCCUGUUUGCCGAGGGGGCAGCAGAGAUGUUUGGAAUGUUACAGGUUACGAAGACAAGCUGGAGUUGUGUAACUACCACCCAUAACAGUCAGCCUAGUGGGGAGUGGUGCAUAUCACGAGCUAUAAGUGUGGCCAAACAGGACGCUUCAACAUUAGACAAGCACCUGCGGCUGAGAGAUCUAUUGGGAUUGCUUAGGUGAACAUCUGCACUUUUUUCUGUCGAAACAUUCAUGCAACAUGGAAUCUAGAACUACUCUGAUCUUCACUUUUACCUUGUGCACAAUUCUUCUUGAAGGCUGGGGGUUACCUCUAGUGCCCCAGACUGACCCGAGUGACCCAUCUGCGACCCAUAGCGUCAGGAGCAAACGCUGUUCCUGCAACAACCAGCUGGAUUCGGAAUGCCACUAUUUCUGCCAUCUGGACAUCAUCUGGGUGAACACACCGAGUAAGACUACUGUGUAUGGAUUGGGCAGUCCGUUAACUCGCCGGCGCAGGUCUACAGGCCGCUGCUUCUGUGCCAAUCCUGCAGAUCGGACAUGCAAUGUAUUCUGUCACUACAGCUCUGAAAACCAUGCCAUCACGCUGGUGCACCCAUCUGAACCUGUGCCUGAAAAACAGGAACAACCCAAAUCAGAUCAUGUGACUGCCCUAAUUAACUCCGAAAAUGCCAGUCCAGGAGUUCUGGUUUUAGGGAAGUCUUCCUCCCUUGGAGCUCAGUCAAAUGUCAUAACCUUCCUCAGGAAGCUGGUUAGGGCUAGAGCCAAAGCAAUGGGAAAGGCAUCCAAGGCCAGUCAACCUGGCAACAGAUGAAGUCCUUACAUGGGAGAGAUGGAAGUGCGAGCACUUUAACAAAAGUUGACCCUUGGAGCAGGGGCAGCAGAACAUGCAUAGGCUGCGAUCUGGAAGUGGUAUUCCUCAAGGACAGUCCUGUGGAAACUGAGCCUCUGUUGCAGGUUUAAGACAGAAUGGCAGAGAUGAAGUCUUGUGAGAUAUAAAGGAGAUACUUGUGAGUUAUGGGCAAAUCAGACCUGUACACUGGGAAAGCACAGAUGAGGGUUAGGUGUUAGCGACAGUCCUGUAGUGCAAACAGGACAUUAGCUAAGUGGCUAUGCUAGAGAUACCUGACAGCAUCAUAACUAGUCAAAAACACCACGUUUGAGCAGUUCGAGGUAAAAGAGACAGGUGAAGUGCUAAUGAAAUUUUGGUUGGAAGAGCACAGAUAGGAAGAAACUGCAAUACAUUGGCACCAUUGGAGCCGACCUUCAUCUAUUAGUUUUAUUUUUCUGUUUAACAAAACAGUCCUAUACGUUCUAACACAAUCUGACAUAAUGACAACAUUAUCAUCAUGGCACAGCUGAUUGGUUAUUUUCAUAUUAGCAGCCAAUGAGCUUGCUGUAGCAAUUGCAGCACAUAUCAGAAACCCUCCACCUUCCCCAGCUCCACCUGUAUAGAUCUGCUGGGGGGUGAUUUCAUGUACGUUAUAUGUGAGGGUUAUUUCAUAUGUGUUAUGUGUGCAGCAGCAGUAUUUCUUACAUGCUCACAGCUGCAUUUUUGUGGAUGUAUUGGCAGUAGCAAGUCUCUGUACUUUAACCCAAGUAUUACCUGACUUUUAAAGUUGGCAUAGUACAAUACAAUACAAUAUUUAUGGAAUGUUUCAGUGAAUAUAGCAUAAGGAUGACCACUUUGUAUGGACUGUGCCCUUGUUUUUCAUAUCAAUCCAGCUUUACAGCAUUAUGUAUUCAAGUGAUGCAGACAGUUGUGUUGUUGCAAUCUGUAGCUGGAGGACUUUCCUAUUUAAUGAAUAGCACUGGAACAUCUUAGAGCGCUAAAAGUGUAGUGUACAUAAUAAGUAUGCACUUUAAGAUUACUUUUUGCUGUUAUACUAAUAUAUAUACAUAUAUAUUUGUUUAAUCGUUAAGAAUUUUGUAGAGAAUGAUUCCUGUAUUGUAUAUAAACAAUAUGGUUUUGUUAUAAAAUGUAUAUUAUUAUGAUUACAUUUAUGUAUUCCAUAUU